AUGCGCGACGCGGACCCUUACGACUACUCCAGCGACGAGGACGAGGAUGAUGACUACCCGGACGUGCCGUCUGGGGAAGAUGAUGAUGAUGAUGAUGACGACGACGACGACGAGGCGUACAACCUCCGCAUAUGCCCCUGCUGGGACACCUACCGAAGAACCCUAGAGCGCCGCGGUUUUCUGCUCGACACGUGCCGAGACGUGAAAGAUUACUACGAGCAGCACUGCAGCGCAUCCGAUCCGGACGCGUCGUUGCAUAGCGUUCCGGGCUAUCAACGAGCGUGCAUAGGCAAAGAUAACGCGCUGUGUCGGGAUGCCGGGCUUCCAGAGUCUCUGUUCCGGGGACGCGCGGUACGAGACGGCGCGAGGAUCGUCGUCAAGGCCGUACACCUGCGCAGCCGCGAAUUCGACAUCGUCAAGUACAUCACCUCCCCGCCGCACUCGAAAGACCCUUUGAACCACUGUAUUCCCAUUCGCGACUUGAUCGAGAUACCCGCCGAUUCUGUCGGUCUCAUCGUCAUGGAGGAGUGGUCUUCCGAAUUGAUCCCGGAGACGCCGUGUAGCCUCGGAGAAUAUCUCGACGCGAUCCGUCAGUGCAUAGAGCACAUUGUAUUCUUACACGCGCGACAUAUAGCCCACCUCGACAUCUCGCUGCGCAACAUCCUCACCGACUACGAACACCACUACGCCUUCAUCGACUACGAGAACAGCCGGCGAUUCGACGCACGCGCAGGCCCGCCCCGCGUGCGCCACCUCAAAGGAACCGAGAUUCCCCCAGAGCUCGAGCGAGGCGAGUGGUGUGAUCCGUACAAGAUCGACGUGUGGGCGCUCGCCGUCCUCAUUCUCAGGGCCUGCAAGCUGACUGGGUACGGCAUCCCCGAACUGGUCCAUCUCGUGCGACCGAUGCUCAACGAUAACCCGGACUACCGACCGACCGCCCGCGCCGUCUUGCAAACGUUCAACACCGUGGUCUCUCAUAUGAGCGCAGACCGCCUGGCGCAGUUUGCAGACGAUCCGCACCCACACGGCCCCUGGCGGCAUUGA